AUGGAAAUUCCCUUCCUCAGACUGAGUCAAGUGGGAGGAGGGACGACAGGAAGCGUGAUUGCAAGUCGGUUGACGGAGAACCCUCGCGUGAAGGUCCUGGUACUCGAGGCUGGGUCGGACGGAAACGUGCUCUCGUUGAUCCCUGCAGCCGGCCCCUUGAUGUGGUGGGACUCCAACUUCGACUACCGCUACACCAGCGAGCCUCAGGAGGAUUCCUGCCUCGCUCUGGAAGGAGGGGUGAGUCCAGUCACUCAGAACGGGGGUUUUGGUGAAAUCUACUGA